CACACCCAGCCCACUUUAACAUUUUGAAGUGAAAAUAAGUUCUGAACUAUGAUGGCAAUGGAAGGAAAAGGAUGGACUUACACUGUUUAUGAAUCAAAAUUAUCAGGACAUGGUGGAAAUUUACAUAUGGGUAUGGCAGUCAGCCUCCAAGAUGGAUAACUGAAAUCCUCAUAGUCUGUCUUGCAGUGGGACCUCCCACAGUGCACUAGGGUUGGGUUAUGUGACCACCUGAAUGUGGCAGUUGAAUGUUACUCUUGAAGCUAGGUCAUAGAAGAUAGUGUGGCUUUUGCCUUGCCUUUCUAGGUAAAUUGCUCCGAGGAAGCCAUCUUAUGUUGUGAGGACAUUCAAGCAACCCCACAAAAUCUAUGCGGAGAACAACUGCCAACAACCAGCACCAAUUUGCCAGGCAUGGGAGACAUCUUGGAAGUAGAUCUCCAGCUCUAGUUAGUCCCUUAGAUGACUGCAGCCAUAUUUGAUAUCUUGACUGUAAGCUCAUUAGAAACCAGAGCCAGAGCACCCAGCUAACCCACUCCUAAAGACACUGUAGAAGAUAAAUGUUUAUUGUUUUGAAGCACCAAGUUUUGAAGUUAAUUUGUUACAUUUUUGUGCAGCCUAGAUAACUAAUACAAAGGUAGGUGAAAGAGGAGAAACCAAUAAUUACCUGCAAGACUAUAAAUUAGAGGACUAUGUGCUUUAAGAAAGAAUUGGGAUUAGGAUCAGGGGGAUAGUUGUGUUCAGGACCUGCAUUUGCCUUCUCUGUAGGUUAUUCAAGUGGUGCUGUCCAUAGCCAGUAUUUGACCCUCACCUCCAGAGGCCUACUUAUCCUUGAAGACUCGGUUCAAAUGUUUCUUCUUCCGUGAAACCCUCCUUUCUCAGACAAAAAUCUACCCCUUUUGACACACGUUAUUACAGAAAACAUAAUUGCUUUGUGUUACACUUAUCUAUUCGCAGUUAUUUGUUUACAUUUGAGAGGCUCAUUGCAGUGAGUUCCCUAAAGGUGUCAUCAUCUCUUUGUGUGUGUUACGCUGUGUUCAGUACAGCGUAGUAAUUCCGAGGAAUUUGGCGCGUCUACCCACUUACGUAUUUUCCCCUACAGUACAGAUACAGGGAUUUGAGGUUUUCGAGCGACAGGGGGCAAACUCGCCGCUCCUGAGAGUGACGUCCCCAGCCCACUUCCAGUACGACUCCCACCUUCACCUGUGUCUAGCGCCGCCUCUGCCUAAAUUGUGCCUCUUUUCCGUAGCCCCGCCCCUGCUCAAUUCUGAUUGGCUUGAGGAAGAAAGCGAUCCAACGUUGCUCUCUCUCUGGAGGGGGCGGAGCCAGGUUGUUUCGCUCGCGGCGCAGGCCGAGUUCUGCCGAGGAGACCCGAGUGGGGCCGAGGCCCGCGCCGCGGCGGCUCUGAAAGGAGGCGGCUGGACACACCGCACCCAACAGCCAGGCGGAGCCAGAGAUGCCGGCCCGGGCUGCGCGGCCCCGCCCGGGCCCCCGGCCGUCUCUGACCUUGCCCUUCCCGCCGCUGCUGCUGCUGCUGCUCGUGGUGCUGGGCGGCCCCGUGUCCGGCCGCGUCCCACGUUCGGUGCCCAGGACCUCGCUUCCCAUCUCGGAGGCUGACUCCUAUCUCACCAGGUUUGCAGUCCCUCAUACGUACAAUUACUCUGUUCUCCUUGUGGAUCCUGCUACCCAGACACUUUAUGUUGGCGCCCGGGACAGCAUCUUCGCUUUAUCUCUGCCCUUCUCAGGGGAGAGACCCCGCAGGAUUGACUGGAUGGUGCCUGAGGCUCACAGACAGAACUGUAAGAAGAAGGGCAAGAGAGAGGAUGAAUGUCACAAUUUUGUCCAGAUUCUCGUCAUUGCCAAUGCCUCUCACCUCCUCACUUGUGGCACCUUCGCUUUUGAUCCGAAGUGCGGGGUUAUUGAUGUGUCCAGUUUCCGGCAGGUUGAAAGACUUGAGAGUGGCCGGGGGAAAUGUCCUUUCGAGCCAGCUCAGCGGUCAGCAGCUGUAAUGGCUGGGGGGGUUCUUUAUACUGCCACUGUGAAAAACUACCUGGGGACAGAGCCGAUUAUCUCCCGGGCUGUGGGGCGCACUGAGGACUGGAUUCGCAUAGAGACCUUGCCAGCCUGGCUUAACGCCCCAGCCUUUGUCGCAGCCGUGGCCCUGAGCCCAGCCGAGUGGGGGGAUGAAGACGGUGACGACGAAAUCUACUUCUUCUUUACGGAGACUUCCCGAACAUUUGACUCGUAUGAGCACAUCAAGGUCCCACGGGUGGCCCGUGUGUGUGCGGGGGACCUUGGGGGCCGGAAGACCCUUCAGCAGAGGUGGACAACAUUCCUGAAGGCUGACCUGCUGUGCCCAGGGCCUGAGCAUGGCCGGGCCUCCACAGUCCUGCAGGACAUGGCUGAGCUUCGACCUGAUCUUGGAGUGGGGACUCCCAUCUUCUAUGGCAUCUUUUCCUCCCAGUGGGAAGGGGCUGCCAUCUCUGCUGUCUGUGCCUUCAGACCACAAGACAUCCGGACAGUACUGAAUGGUACCUUCAGAGAGCUAAAACAUGACUGCAACAGGGGACUACCUGUCACGGACAAUGACGUGCCCCAGCCCAGACCUGGAGAGUGUAUCACCAAGAACAUGAAGCUCCAGCAGUUUGGCUCUUCACUCUCCUUGCCGGAUCGCGUGCUCACCUUCAUCCGGGACCACCCACUCAUGGACCGGCCAGUGUUUCCCGCUGAUGGGCGCCCCCUUCUGGUCACUACGGAUACAGUCUACCUCAGAGUGGUGGCCCACAGGGUGACCAGCCUCUCGGGGAAACAGUAUGAUGUGCUCUACCUGGGUACAGAGGAUGGACACUUGCACCGAGCAGUGCGCGUUGGAACCCAGCUUAGUGUCCUGGAGGAUCUGGCCUUGUUCCCAGAGCCGCAGCCGGUGGAGAGCAUGAAAUUGUACCAUGGCUGGCUCCUGGUUGGCUCCCGUACCGAGGUGACACAAGUGAACACAACCAACUGCGGUCGUCUCCAGAGCUGCUCAGAGUGUAUCCUGGCCCAGGACCCUGCCUGUGCCUGGAGUUUCCGGCUGGAAGCGUGUGUGGCCCAUGCUGGGGAGCACCAAGGACUGGUCCAAGACAUAGAGUCAGCGGAUGUCUCUUCUUUGUGUCCCAAAGAGCCUGGAGAACACCCGGUAGUGUUUGAAGUUCCUGUGGCCACAUCUGCACAUGUGGUCUUGCCGUGUUCCCCCAGCUCGGCCUGGGCAUCCUGCGUAUGGCAUCAGCCCAGUGGAAUGACUGCUCUCACCCCUCGGCGGGAUGGGCUAGAGGUGGUGGUGACCCCGGGGACUAUGGGUGCCUAUGCCUGUGAAUGUCGGGAGGGUGGGGCAGCUCGGGUGGUAGCAGCUUACAGCUUGGUAUGGGGCAGCCAGCAGGGUCCUUCAACCCAGGCCCACACAGUGGGGGCUGGACUGGCUGGCUUCUUCAUGGGGACUGUUGUAGCAUCUCUGACUCUCCUCUUGAUUGGUCGGCGUCAGCAGAGACGGAGGCAGAGGGAACUCCUGGCUAGAGACAAGGUAGGCUUAGACCUGGGGGCCCCACCAUCUGGGACCACAAGCUACAGCCAAGACCCUCCCUCCCCUUCUCCUGAAGAUGAGCGGUUGCCCUUGGCCCUGGCGAAGAGGGGCAGUGGCUUCGGUGGCUUCCCUCCACCCUUCCUGCUCGAUCCUUGCUCGAGCCCAGCCCAUAUUCGGCUCACCGGGGCUCCGCUAGCCACGUGUGAUGAAACAUCCAUCUAGAGCCAGGCAAAUGGCCACUAGUGUAUGAGUGAAUACUGGGACAGAGUGACCACCGAGACCAGGUCUCUGCGCCUGGGAGACUGUCCUGGCCUCUCAGUUUUUGUUGGGUCUGAGUGAUCUCCUAAGUAUCACCUGAUUCCUGAUUCCUGUGAAGUUGGGGCUGCAGUGAACCGGGGUUUCCUUUCCUCCUCAACUUCUGAGCCCCUAUAACCCUUCAGCCCUGGACCCCUAUCUUGGGCCCCUUAGUUUUGGUGAUGGGGCCCAAGACAGAGCUCUGACUUGGCUUUUUGGGUGGGCCCUGGCUAGGAGGAAGGGCCGUGGAGGUAGGUGGGGGCCAGGAUGCCCUGAGUCCUUGAGAUGGUUCUUUUGAUUCUCCCAUUUCGCUGAUUCUCUGGUGAGUGCAUGAUUCCCUGUGCUGCCGUGCGGGACCUCUGCCCUGAGGCCUCCAUCCCAGUUCUCCUUCCUCCCUGAAAGAGUGUGUGUAAAUACGUCGGUGUUCAUAGCAGACCUGGCCACAUGUGCAUGAGUGACUGGGCUGAGGCUUAGGUGUCCCGGGGUCGAGGGGGAAGGUUGGAAUGGGCGCAUUCCCCGCACAGCUCCACACCCCACGCACAGUGGGGAAGCGGCUUUCUUUUCUAACAGGCAGCAAACACUGCCCCUCUGUUCACUGACUCAUAACCUUUUUCUAAAUUUGAGUAGAGAGAAGCUCCCAAAGUGACCUUCUGGGUGGGAAGGGCCCUGGUACGUGUGAACCCAUCCUUCUUUUUGCUUUUGCCCUUUGGUUGCCAGCACUGCCAUGCCGUAGACACUCUUUCCCUGCCUGGAGUAUAGGUGGAACCCCCCUUUCCUUGGCUACAAUUAAAGAUGAAUUUCACAACAUUCUAAAUAUUAGGGGACAGCAGAAGGGAAGUGCAAGCAGCUUAAAGAUAGGUUGCAUCAGUGACUUUACUCAGGUUGAUACCUUUGCCCUAAAGCAGGAGUCCCUCACCUGGGGUCCAUGGACUCCCUGAAAUUGUAUGCAAAACAUUGUCUGUACAUCGGUACGUGUGUGUCUGUAUUUUUCUGGUGGGGCGGGGGGCUUUCAUCAGAUUCUCAAGGCCUUAACAAAGUUAAAGGAUCACUGCACUUGGGUCACGCCAAGAUGGUGCUGCUGCCUGUGGCCAGUCCCUGGACUUGUAGCUCCCGGAGGUCCUGUUUCUCUAGUCCAUGGAAGCUGGGCUCUGCGUGUUUGAAGACACUGUCAACUCUCACCCGCUGCCCGGACCUUCCUGCUUCACAUCUCCUCUGUGCUCUAGGCUUCUGCUGCUCAGUCCUGGUCUUGGCCGGUGAAUGUGCCUCAUUCGUCCCUGGUGAGGGACCCCUUCAAGCUCCAGUGAAUGGUCCAGUCCUUUCCAGUUGGAGUUUUCUGCUCUACUUUCCUUGGCAGCAGCCUGUGAACUACUCAAGAGUCCCCUUGGGUUUGGAGUUUCAGUGGGUUUGCAGCGAAGAAACAUAUAAUCUUAGGCAUGUUUGUAACCUAGGGAUACCGGUCUACUUACCUGUAACAUGGGGAUAGUAAUACCUACCUCAUGGUUGCUGCCAGGAUUAAGUGAGAAAACCUGUAAACAAUAAAGCACUAUCUAUACCAGUA